GGGGAGGAGCUGCACGCGGCGCGCGCUGACCCGCCGCGAUGGUGCCGGACCCGCGGGGUCGGCUGGUGGCGGAGCUGCUGCUGAGUGCGGGGCCCUCCCGCGGUAUCCUCUGCCUCUGCUCCCGCGCCUUCGUCGAAGAUCGAAAAUUGUAUAAACUGGGAUUAAAAGGAUUUUAUGUGAAAGAUAGCAAUGACAGUACAGGAGAGGAGCAGGCAUCUGAAGAGGAGAAACAUUGUAGCGAUGUGACAUUAAAGGUGGAUACUGAUUCUCUUGACCUGGAAGAAGUUGAACUGGAUUCGGAGGCUGAGCUUAUGAAGAGUAUGGGAUUGCCUCUUCGGUUUGGUGGGCAGUCAGCUCACAGGGACUUUGUGGCAACAGAAAAUCACAGAAAGAGGAGUAACAUGAAGGUUAUGAAAAAGAAAAAGAAGAAGAAAAAAGAGUUACAGCAAAAACAUGAGGAUAAAACAGGGCAGGAACUUCUGGAUCGAGCUGGUGGUGGUCACAUCCAGUCUGUUACUGGUGAACCAGCCCUAGCUACAGAGCACCAUGAGAAGAGCAACAAACCGCAGGUUGUAACUGAAGAGUACUGUGAAAGUUCAGAAAGUCUUGCAAAUGAGGCUUUACCCAGCGAACUUAAAGAAAAAUGGGAGAAGUACUGGAAUGAGUAUGGAGAAGGCCUUCUCUGGCAAAGCUGGCUGGAAAAGCAUCAAGGGAUGUCAUCAUCUGAGACCACAGCAACCUCUGAGCCUUGGAAUAGUCCAAGCAUUAAGGAAGAGUGGGAGCAACAUUAUAGUGAACUGUAUUGGUAUUACUGGGAACAGUUUCAGUACUGGACAAAUCAAGGGUGGACUACUGAGAGCUCACAUGGUGACAGUGUGGAACCUAGUGAGGUUAUCCAGGAUACGGGUCUUUCAGGAGAAAUGGGCUUGGUUAGCACAAGUGAAGGGCUGAGCUUGGAGCUGUUUGCCUCUAACACCAGAAGUGAGGGAACACUCCUGUCAAGUACUGAACCCCAUGGUGAUAUAAUAUCUGGGAUUUGUAAUUUAAAUCUGAAUUUGGAGGAAGUGGAGCAGAGCAGUGCAGCUCCAACAGUUGCCCACCACUGUCCUCAAGAGCAUCAUUCAUCUGACAGUGAAAGCCAGAAAGAGCCCUGUGAUGGAGGAACCAGGAAAAGGAGCACUUCUUCUGAAAAUAAAAGUGUUAACCAAUCAGGUUCACAGGAAUCAAGUAGCUUGAAUUCAAAGGACAAAGAACAAUUGCUGCUUCAUAACCAAGAUGAGGAUGAGGAUGAAGAGCCUCCUGAAUACAGACCUGCCAAAGUCAAGAGAAGCCACGAACUAGACGUGGAUGAGAACCCAGUGGAAGAUCCUGAGGAAACCUGCUCUGUUUUGGGUUUCAAAUGUGGCACAGGACAAAAGUAUGAUGGAAUGCCAGAUUUCACCCACCGAAGUGUGCAGUACUUGGAGGAAAAAGCAAAACUGAAGUCCAAAUUCUUAGAUAUGCGUAAACCAAGGAAGAGCAAAAACACACACAUCUUCUUUACAGAGGAAUCUGAAAUGUCUUUCAAAAAAAGUAAAACUUUGAGGAAGGUGGAGAAGUUCCUGAAGCAGGUUAAUAAACCCGAAGAGGAAGCCACAUCCCAUUCAGCCUCCCCUCAGGGUAAAGCAGAGGCAUCAUCCCGGAGCAGCGACUCAGAGGAUCAGGAAAGCGCUACUGCCACACAAACUGCGACACUGAAUGCUGAAAACCAGAACCCACCACCAUCUUCCAGUGUGGCCAGUUGUGAGACUGAAGGGAAUAACCUUGAGGAAGAAGUGCAGGAUGUGGCAGCGAGCAGCACUGAUGAGCAGGGUGUAGGGGGGCAGGAGCAUGGCUGUGGGCGACAACUAGUGUCUCUGGAUAUUCCCGAUUAUCUCCAGCCAGAGACAGAAAAUGUCAGCCAAGUUGUAGAUGAAAAAAUUACUGCAAAGAAGAAGGAGAAAAAAAGGAGGAGAAGGAAUAAAAUUGCACUGCACGGUAUACCUGCCGAGAUUGCUGGUGAUCCAGAGUUGGCCAAGUAUUGGGCACAACGCUACCGGCUGUUCUCUCGGUUUGAUGAGGGGAUUAAACUAGACAGAGAGGGUUGGUUUUCUGUUACUCCUGAGAAAAUAGCUGAGCAUAUUGCUGUCCGGGUCAGUCAGUCAUUCAACUGUGAUAUCAUAGUGGAUGCAUUCUGUGGGGUUGGAGGAAACGCUAUUCAGUUUGCAUUGACCUCAAAAAGAGUGAUUGCUAUUGAUAUUGAUCCUGAGAAACUCACUCUUGCGCGCAACAACGCUGAGGUGUAUGGUGUGGCGGAUCAGAUAGAAUUCGUGUGUGGAGACUUCAUGGUGUUGGCUGCUGACCUGCAAGCAGAUGUGGUGUUCCUCAGCCCGCCCUGGGGUGGGCCUGACUAUGCCACCGCUGAAAUCUUCGAUAUCCAAACCAUGAUUUGCCCAGAUGGAUUUGAAAUUUUUAGGCUCUCCAAGAAGAUCACCAACAAUAUUGUGUAUUUUCUACCUCGGAAUGCUGACAUUGACCAGGUGGCUUCCUUAGCAGGACCAGGAGGUAAAGUUGAAAUAGAACAAAAUUUUCUCAAUAACAAACUGAAGACAAUAACAGCUUAUUUUGGUGAUCUAAUAAGGCGCGACAUCUCCUAAACUCUGUGUGGAUUCUUCCAAAUGGAACCUCACUGACUGCUGCUUUGCUUAAGCUCUUGUACAGCUGGCUGGUCAAAAAUGACAUAAAGCCAUUUUACGAUUUCAUUUCUGUUUACGAAAAAAUGUUCUGUUUAUUGCUACUGUUAAUAAAUAUUUUGUAGUAAUUUUACCAAAAUUCUAAAUAUAGUGUAGCUGUCAAUGUAGGAAAAAAGAUCUUUAUAAAAUGCAGUCUUGCAAGGUUCAAGUCCAACCGGUUGAAGGGAAGUUCAGGAUUUCUUUGCAACUCUCGUGUGCACUACUUCUGUACUUGCUCCCAUUCAGAGGGUCAAAAAGGGUAGCCUGAAAGCUGUCGUGUGUCAAGAACUGCUGUCUGUGCUUGAGAAACAAGUGUCUGAACAUCAGGUGGAAUGCGAAAGUCAGGUACACCACCAGAGGUUCACUCAGUUCACUUCUCUGUCUCUCUGCUCACUGGGGAACCUUUUCAGCUUUUCUGUGUAGGAUGAAGGUCCGUGCAUUUCUCACAGUGAGUACUCUGGCUUGUUGCAGCGCAGGCAGAGCGUGGCUGGAAGCAGGGCUCUACCCUCUGGGUUUUGUUAUUUAUUUUAUUUUUUUUCCACCUUGUGAGCCCUCUUUGUUACAAAGAUGCUUUGAAGAAAUCUUCUGACUGAAGAUUUGUCGAAGUUACCAGAGGGGUAUGCAUCCCCACUCUUUUUGACAAUUUUUUUGGGUCCUUGCACAGGUUUCAGGGAGGGAAGAGGGAGCCCACCCCCUCCCUGGCGAGGCCUCUCUGCUCCCAUUGAGCAUCUUAGGGAGAAGAGUGGCAUUUGGGAGGCAGGCAAGAAGUGUCGAGGGCACGAAUAGAAUCGUAGAAUAGUUAAGAUUGGAAGGGACCUUAAAGAUCAUCCAGUUUGAACCCCCCUGCCAUGGGCAGGGACGUCCCACCAAAUCAGGCUGCCUAAGGCCGCAUCCAUCCUGGCCUUGAACACCUCCAGGGAUGGGGCAGCCACAACUUCCCUGGGCAACCUGUGCCAGUGUCUCAC